GAUCCUCCAGCUGCUGCCCCCUGCUGCUGAGUGUGUGCAGCUCCUCCCUCCUGCAGCAGCAGCUCAGGAAUCUGCAGCUCAUGGUGUAGUUGUUGUUUCUCAGGAAGGAGCGAGCGAAGGAGAGCUAAAUCCGAACAUGCUCCAAACCAGCAAAGCUCCAGUUGAGUGAAGGCAGAGCCUCGACAUGAUCGCACUAUACCGGCCAGCGAGAGUAAACCACUAACUUCAACAACAGCUUCAAGAAGACGUGUGUCAUCAGCAGAGCAGGCACCAUGAUUGACCUGAGCUUCCUGACAGAAGAGGAGCAGGAGACGAUCCUCUCUGUGCUGCAGAGAGACUCUGAGCUGAAGAAGUCUGAGGAGCAGCGCGUCCAGAAGCUACAUCAGUCUCUGAGUAACAGAGACCAGCUCAAGUACCUGACCGGAGACUGGUUCUACGAGACGAAGCAGCUCCGUCAUCAGGAUCGCAUCCAUGGCUCUGACAUCAUCUUGGCCUCCAUGAGACACACCACGCAGAAGCCUUUAACGAUACUGGAGCUCUCGCAGAUCUUGCCCGAGGAGUCCAGUUUUGUUGGCAGUGACAAUAAAGAAGUGUUUGUCCCACCUUUACUCUGUGGACUGCUUCAGGAGAACAACACUGACAGGUACCAAAACCAGGACCCCUAUGACACAUUUAAAGACAUACAGUCAACCACAAAGCAGAGAAAAAAUCCCUUCAACAGUGAACUCUGUGCUCAUCAAGCUUUAGAGGAGGAUCACACCCCGGAACAGACUGAAGACGCUUUACCAUCAUUUGACUGCUCCAUUUCUUAUGUUAGUAACCUUAGACAAGAUGCUAGUCUGGCAUCCCAGGACGCAUCUAAAAACGGAGCAGUCAGCACAGGCUCAAACGACUCUUUUGCUGACACAGACGGACCAGAGGGCAGACAGACUAACUCUUCUGCCCCGCGGGGCAUCCUCAAGCCCCUGUUAAGUUCUAGCUUCACAGAUACAUCGGUCACUGACCUGGAUGUGCAAAAUCCAAUUAUUGUGGAUCCUUCCAAUGACACCUGGACAGACAGGAGGCAGGUGAGGUUCAACUCUAUGGUCACUCAGGGGAGUGUGGAGAGACAGAAAGGGAAGGAGCUAGGAGAGCACAGUUUGCUGGACUUUGACUCCAGUGCUCCCUCUGAGAUGAGGAACGGUCUGAAUAACUAUGACCUUGAGGGUCUUGGUGAGACCAGUGCUGGCACACAAAGACCAGUACUCAACCAGAGUCAAGAAGAUGCACAGGAUGAUGAUGUCAGUUGCAAAAACGAGGCAAAGCUGUGGGGACAAGAAGCUGGACGACACAGGGUUCUUGGUGAUGUCUCUGAGCGCUGGCAUUCGAAGUGCCGAAGCCGUGCAGGUUCCAGCCUUGUUUCCGCUGAGCAGGAUCCAGGUAAGCUUGUUCACCAGAAGACAGAGUCUGAAGAGGACUGUCACUCUCAGGCUAAGGCCAAAGAGGGGCCAACCCGACACGACAGUCAUCGACAAAACCUUCCCGGACAAAGCGCUGACAUUUCUGUAGAGGCUAGGUCAGAUAUCAAGCAGUCCACUGGCGUCAGCUCAGCGAGUUCGUCUCAUGCUGCUUCGCCGCGGCUUAGACAAAGACUGCUUGGAAUUUUUAGAAGACUUAAAGACAAAAGAGGUGAGGUGCAGAGUCCACAAAGAGAAGAGGUGAAGAUACGGGAGGAAAAACCAAGAAACGCUCAGAUUCUCUCCAGAGGGGCUGCAGAUGGGCCUGUGGACAAACACAGAAGUGUCACACAUGAAUCUAGAGAGGUCAGAACACUACCACUUGCAGCACUCCAGAGCACCACAUUUGAGGAAUCAGUGGCCACAAUAGAUGUAGAUACUCAGCAGGAUGUAACAGAAGACACAGCUGUCCAGGUUCCAGAGAAACUGUCCAACCUGAGAGCUUUCUGGGAGACUGCAAACACUAGUCCCAAAAACAAAUUUUCCAGAAAGGAGAGAAAUGAAGAAGACAUCUCAGGAGCCUCGCAUGGUCUUCAGACAUAUGCAGAGAGCUUAAACAAGAUGUCACCUCAUAUUCUGUCACCACAAACUGAAUAUAAACGUUUAGUAGAUGUAUCAAAGGAAGAUGGCACGUACAGAGCUAAUCCAGUUCUUAUAUAUGAAGAGACAGACGACUCUUUAACAGUAUUAGAGUCACAGGAAAGCUUUGUCACCCCUGUGCAGAAGAAGCUGGAGGGUGUUCCCCCCAACCUCACCAGACAGUCCAGUUCCAGUCCUCCAGAGGAAACACCAGCCAAGAUCAGUGAGCUUAGGCAUUUCUGGGAAAAAGAAACGACUGGCCCUAGAGUAAUCACCGCAAAAGUCAAGGAAGACAACAAAGUUGUUUCGCCCCAGCCUGACCGUAGAACAUCCAUAGACAAUAGAGAGAAUUCUGACGAGUCUAAGGUUUUAAAAUCACUUAAAGUGACAGACAAAGGUUUUGUCAUUCAGAGUCCAGAAAGGACACGAAUGAUGAGCUCUGGAGGUGCUGGCAAAGUCAAGGCUGAUACAAAGCCUCAGCCACGCCCCCUCAGCCCGAGUAAAUCAAAAAACCAUGACGAUGACGUCCGAAUGAGUCCAUCUAAGACCUGCCACCCAAGGGUCCUUCCUACAGAAUCACCCAGUCCUAAGAGAUCCAGGCUGGAUGGUUCUCCCUUGAAAACCUUUCCAAUCAACAUUGAUUUGGUUGAACAAGAGAAACCAUCACCGAUGCCAAGACAGACGAGGAGUCCCUUACGUGGAGCAAAGCAACCAGAGGACUGUGACACUUUUAAGACACAGCACACACCCUCGACUUCACCAAAAUCCAAACCAACUCCAGAGAAGAGAGUUGGGAGCUUGACACGCCUUGCCAGAUCUUUCAUCCCUCAGGAUUAUCAGCACUACCUCGGGCCGCAGGAGAAGGAACAUGUGCCUCCUUUUCACCAAGAGAAAAGUGAAGAAAAUGACCUGAGAGACUUUGUGGACAACCAGAGUCCUUUAAUCAGUUCUUGGAUUGUGCAAAAGAAAGAUGGAAACUCCGGCCAAGAAGCAGCAACAACCAGGGCCUGGUCCCUGCCUCGGGCAAGUUCAAGCAGUUACGAUGACAGUCCGACCUCCAUCAUGGCCGCUCUGAAGCGAUUAUCGACAAGGAUGACUGUGUCCAGAAGUCUGGAAGACCUUACCUCGCAACCAAGUGAAGAGAGGACUAAAUAUGGCUCAGGAAAGCAAAUGAAUCAAAGUCUGGAUGAUGUUUCCUCACUUUCACCGUCCGCCUCCUACUCAAAGCAGCUGAAUGCCAGCGUGUCGGUGCCUGUCCUCCAGCUGGACGAGACGGACAGUGACAGCACCUUCGACACAAGCUUGAGCCGGAGAAGAAACACAGGCAGCUCCACGUCUAACAUAAGUCUGUCCUCAGGAAUGGCGUCCAUGUCGUCUCAGGUGAGCGGCAGCAUCAGCAGCAUUUUCCACGCGGACUACGGCAACGUCGAGGUGCAGGGAAACAUCCAGUUUGCCAUGAACUACAUCCAGAAGCUGGGAGAAUUCCACAUCUUUGUGGUGCACUGCAGGGACCUGGCUGUGGCCGACACCAAGAAGCACCGCUCUGACCCAUAUGUGAAAUGUUAUCUUCUCCCUGACAAAUCAAAGUUGGGGAAGAGAAAAACCACGGUGAAAAAAAAGACUUUAAACCCCAACUACAGUGAAAUUCUACGGUUCAAAAUCUUCAAGGAGUUGUUAAGGACUCACAAUUUGAACGUCUCGGUUUGGCACAACGACGUCUUUGGACGGAACAUUUUCCUGGGCGAGGUGGACCUGGAUUUGUCCGAGUGGGACUUCAGCAACACGCAGAUAAAUGAAUACACGUUAAAAGCCAGGGUGUCAGCACAGACCCCGGCAGUGUCUCCUUCACGCCAGGUGGACGGCAGAGGACAGAUGAGAGUGGCCCUCAGAUUCCUGCCUCAGACAUCCCACAGUAGUAGGACAUCGAGGAUGGAGACCGGUGAGGUGCAGAUCUGGGUGAAGGACUGCAAGAGUCUCCCCUCAGUCCGAGGAGUGAUUAUCGACCCGUUUGUGAAAUGCACCGUGCUGCCCGACACGAACAGGAAAAGCCGCCAGAAGACGCGGGUGGUGAAGAGGACGGCGAACCCCAUGUUCAACCACACCAUGGUGUACGACGGCUUCCGGGCGGAGGACCUCAGGGAGGCGUGCGUGGAAAUCACAGUGUGGGAUCACGACCGACUCAACAGCCACUUCAUCGGCGGCCUGCGGCUCGGCCUCGGGACAGGGCAGAGUUAUGGGGUGGAUGUGCCGUGGAUGGACUCAACGACCGCUGAGGCUCAUCUAUGGCAGAGGAUGCUACAGUCAGACGGUGAAUGGGUGGAGGAUGUUCUGCCGCUAAGAAUCUUUCUGAUGGCCAUGGCAAUGUCAAAGUGAGAGUGUCUGUGUGUUUGUGUAAUGAUGAGCACUGUGUGUGUGUGUGUAUAUCUGUACAACUGAUGAUUUUACUGUAAUUAUACUGUAAUAAUUGUAGUGCAAACCACAUGUUAAAUUUCUCAUCUGAAAUUUUUUUGGACUAUUUACAUAGGAAUGACACAAAAUAGGGAAGAGGACACACAAUCUUAAGUUUUGAUCUGAAGAUAAUUUACCGUAUAGGGGAUAUGAGCACUUGUGAUUUGUAUACAGUCAUGUCCUUCCGUGUGAUCACUGCUUCCAGCUUUUGUAUCCCCAAUAAACGGAAUAUUAAAGCUGGAAUAUGUCA